AUGCCUUUCUGGCAAAUCUUCCAUACCCCUACUGCCUUUGCCGAUCUUUCGGCCAAGGCAGCGCUAGUGCGCGACAUCACAGCCUUCUACGUCUCGGGAGGUCUCCCGGACUUCUACGUCGUUGUCGUCUUCCGGCCUAUGACGGGCGAAGACAUGUGGGUUGGCGGGAAGCCCGCGGCGGCCCACGACAGGGACUCCUCCACGCUCCGGCGUCCCUUUGUGCGCCUUGUUAUCAGCCACCUUGCGGUCCAGCAUGGACCGAACGACGCGGCUUUGGGCGCCAUGACCGAUCGCAUCAACAAGUGGCUCGUGUCUCAUCUAGAAUGGUAUGACUGGGAAUACACUAUUGAUGAGCCGCCUCGUGGUGGGUGGCGGAUCAAUGGGCUGGCCCCUCCACCUCAUGGUACUGACGCUGAGAAGAAAUGGGCGGCCGAGGCAAAGCCAAGUCCGUGGGAAUAA